AGCAGUGGGUCAGGUUCAAAAUUUAAAUUCUCAUGCGACGGUUCAGUCCUGUUGCGGCAGUGUAUCACUCCGUGCGCUAUUGGCUAUUGGCGGAGAGGAAAGUGCUCUAGUAGGGAAAAGUGUUCGUAGAAAUCGACUGUUCCCCGAAACGAUCAGAACGUUUGAGACUGCGCGCGAAGACUUGGUUAAUAUUGUUUCUUAUUAGUGUUGUGUAUUUUGUGUUGAGAGUUAGUUGUAUAAUCAAAACUUGCUACAUUCCCGAUUACCAACGUAUACAUUUGAAUGUGUCGCGCCGUUUGACGUUAUUAGUGCUGCGCUUGGCACGGUUGGAUAAUCCAUGUCAACAUGACUAAAACGAACGGAAUAGACGAUGCGAUCGCCAUGGAAGCGAUCGCUGCACCCCGAGUGGGAUGCUGUAAGCGGAUCACCAAAUUUAUUGCCGUCUAUUGGCGUUCCUUGGUGGUGUUCCUGGCUCCCUUCCUUGCGGCGGGAGUGUUCACGAUAGACACAACGCCUGCCUACCGAUGUAUGUAUGUGGUGUUAAUCAUGUCGAUGUACUGGGUUACGGAAGCGAUCCCAUUGCCGGUCACAUCGAUGUUGCCGAUGGUUCUGUUCCCGGUGUUGGGCGUGUUGGACACCGAUAGGACUUGCAUGAUGUACAUGAAGGAAACUAUGUUGAUGUUCAUCGGCGGUAUUAUCAUUGCUCUCGCGGUAGAGUUCUGCAACUUGCACAAACGUGUGGCGUUGAAGGUAAUUUCCCUGAUUGGAUGCAGCCAGCGACGGUUAAACUUUGGUUUGAUUGCCGUCACCAUGUUCAUCUCGAUGUGGAUUUCGAAUACUGCCGCCGUUGCUAUGAUGUGUCCAAUUAUGCAAGCUGUCUUGGAGGAACUUGAAUCGCAAGGACUCUGUACGAUGUACGAGCGUCCGAAGAAGACCAACGAGGAGGAAGGAAUGCUCGGCAAAGAAAAACAGUCCGACGAGCCACUGAAACCUUCAAAGACCACCAUAUGUUACUUUGUCGGCGCUGCCUAUGCAUCCACUCUCGGCGGAUGCGGCACCAUCGUUGGAUCGGGAACCAAUCUCACCUUCAAGGGUAUCUACGAAAGUCGUUUCCCGACUGCGCCCGGUAUCGACUUCCCCAAGUUCAUGUUCUAUAAUGUACCUGGAAUGUUGGUAUACACUUUCCUCACUUGGGCUUAUCUUCAGUGGCUGUACAUGGGAAUGUUCAGACCAAACAGUCCCGAAGCCAAGGCAGCUGAGAUCGGCGAAGAAGGCGAGGCAGUUGCGCGUCGUGUAAUCGAAACCCGCUACAAGGAGCUUGGUCCGAUGACGGCUCACGAGAAGAGCGUUGCUUUCCUGUUCAUUGUGGCGAUUGUUCUGUUCUUCACCCGUGAACCGGGUUUCAUCACUGGCUGGGCAGACAUUCUGCAUGCGGUUAAAAUUAAGGACGCAACCCCAGCCAUGUUCUGUGUGAUACUCUUGUUCAUGAUUCCGGCAAGCUGGCAGUGUUUCAAAUUCUGCGCGAUAAAUCCAGGCCGCCUACCAACUGAAGCAACCCCGGGGCUGAUCACUUGGAAGUACAUCCAACAGAAGGUUCCAUGGAGUCUAAUCUUCUUGCUGGGAGGAGGUUUUGCUCUGGCCGAGGGUGGUCGUGUUUCGGGAAUGUCUGCCCUAUUGGGUCAAUCCCUGUCUGGCCUGAAAACUCUGCCGCCACUGUUGCUGCUGUUUGUAGUGUGCCUUACCGCUCAAACUCUCACCGAGUUCACAUCCAACGUCGCCAUCUGUAACAUUAUGCUGCCGGUUCUGGCUGAGAUGGCUAUCGCGAUCGAAAUACACCCGCUGUACCUUAUGCUGCCGGCGGCAUUGUCGUGCAGUUUUGCGUUCCAUAUGCCCGUGGGAACCCCACCGAAUGCCAUCGUAGCCGGGGUAGGAAACAUCGCCAUCAAGGAUAUGGCUGUCGCCGGUAUCGGCCCGACAAUCUUCACUCUCAUCGUGGUGUGGGCUAGCUUCCCCACUUGGGGGGCGAUCGUUUACCCCGAGUUGGCCACCUUCCCCGAUUGGGCGCGACCAACGAAUGCAUCAGUACAUUAACGUGAAAACACGGUAGAAAAUAUUAUCUGAUUGGGAACAGAUGUAGUGAAUGAUGUCUAGUGCAAAUUGCAAUUAAAAUAGGAACCCAAAUAGGAAUGCCAAAAAUCAGGAUUUAAGCACGUAACGGCAAGUUACGUGGAGUUUUGGAAUAGUUUAGGUAGUAAAUGUAUUAAUGCACACUUUGAGAACGCGAGAUUGUCGCACUUUGAAUCGCGGUGCAUCAUUGUUCUGGAACGUAACAACAGAAAACCCUAGAGGAUGGGUACCAACAAAUGAUAUUAACCGAUGGUUGCGUUAAUACCUGAGACAGCAUUUUAAAGAAAUACAAAUUUUAGAAUCGUCUGAAAUACCGAGAGCAUUUCGAAAACUGUAUUCUUUUCUGAAAACUGAACAGUUUCUCGGAAGAACAAAAAAAACAAAUACGCUUACAGUAUGACGAACAAUUAGUUUAUUGCCCAGCCAAUCAUUACAGUGCACGCCACACAAUCAUAGCAAAUAUAAGUGACAGUCUUCCAAUGACAUGUGCAGUACUCAGAAAUCAUAUAUUUUUAUAAAUGAAAAACCGAAAAAAACUUGUUAGAAUACGUGGAAAACUGGAAGUAACUAGUUUGUGAAUAGCACAAAUUUUGUUCGAUGUUUACUUAAAACAAUUUAGAUGACAGUUAGAGCUAGGAUGUUAAAAAUGAAGAAAUAUUAAUUAAAUAAUAAGAUAUUUUACUAAGAAA